CUUUCUUUUCUUCCCUCGGAAAGCCGCUGCUUUCUUUUUGUUUUUGUUUUUUUUUUUUUUGCAGACGAAAAGCGGAUUCCUUACUGAAAAUUCCCCAUUUUUUUUUCUCUUCGAAGACCUUCAACAAUGCGUUUAACUUCGAAACGAAGGCUCUAUCAUUUCACGAAAACGAGACUCUCUCGUCUCAAAUCAGCCUCCUUUUGUACAUCAGCUGAAAACGACACCGCAGCGGAGGAAAUCGCGGCUAUCCUCGAAAAAAAGGACUGGAAACGCCUUCUGGAAACAACAUCAGAAUUGAAAAACAAGCUAAACCCAGAAACGGUUCACUCGGUUCUUCACCAAAACUCGGUUUUCAAUGGGAUGGUAGAUGCUAAACUGGUUCCUGAUGUUUAUACUUUUACCAAUGUGAUUAAUGCUUAUUGUCGAGUUGGGGAUGUUGAGAAGGCAAAAAGGGUGAUACUUGAGAUGGAGGAGAAGGGAUGUACUCCUGGUUUGGUUACUUAUAACGUUAUGAUUGGUGGAUUGUGUAGAGCUGGUGUUGUUGAUGAAGCAUUGAAGUUAAAGAAGUCCAUGGCUGAAAAGGGUUUUGCUCCCGAUGCUUAUACUUACAAUACGCUUAUUGAUGGGUUUUGUAGGGCAAAGAGAUUCAGUGAAGCAAAAUUGAUGAUGACAGAAAUGCGCCGUGCAGGUUUAAAUCCUAACCAUUUUGCUUACACAGCUUUGAUUGAUGGGUUCAUGAAACAAGGGAAUAUUGUGGAGGGUUUCCGAGUCAAGGAUGAGAUGGUUGCUCGCGGAAUUAAAUUGAACGUGUUCACAUAUAAUGCGCUCAUUAGUGGUGUUUGUAAGGCGGGCGACUUAGAGAAGGCAAAAGCUCUGUUCAAUGAGAUGGUUUGGAUUGGCGCUGAACCUGAUGCACAAACGUUUAGUAUUUUGAUUGAGGGUUAUUCUCGAGAAAAAAAAAUUGAUAAGGUGUAUGAACUGCUUAAUGAGAUGAAGAAGAGCAACUUGACACCUACAUUGUACACUUAUAGUGGGAUAAUUAGUGGCCUAUGCCAUUGUGGAGAUCUUGAACGAGUUAAUCAUGUGUUGGAGGCAAUGGUUGAGGGAGGGUUGAAGCCCAAUCUUGUUAUCUAUACAAAUCUGAUCAAAGGUCAUAUCCAGAAAAGUAGAUUUGAAGAAGCAAGAAGGAUUCUAGACAGAAUGAUGGACAAAGGGGUACUGCCUGAUGUCAUUUGUUGCAAUACUCUUAUAAGUGGCUUAUGUAAGGCCCAAAAGAUGGAUGAAGCAAGGAGUUGCUUAGUUGAAAUGGUUGACAGGGGAUUGAAGCCUAAUGCACAUACCUAUGGGGCUUUCAUCCAUGGAUAUGCUAAGGCAGGGGAAAUUAAGGCUGUAGAAAGGUGUUUUAAAGAGAUGCAAAAUUAUGGUAUAGCUCCUAAUAAUGUUAUUUAUUCUGAAUUGAUUAACAGCCACUGCAAGGCGGGAAAUGUAACUGAGGCUCUUUCCACAUUAAGGUGCAUGUCUGAACAAGGCGUGGUCCCUGAUGUGAAGACUUACACUGUCCUCAUCCAUGGUCUUGCAACAAAUGGCAGAAUUAAUGAUGCGAUGGAUGUUUUCUCUCAACUUCAUGGCAAGGGUAUAGUGCCUGAUGUUUUCACUUAUACUUCUCUCAUUUCCGGCUUUUGUAAGCUGGGUGAUAUGAAGGCAGCUCUCAAUCUUUAUAAAGAGAUGUGCCAGAAAAGCAUUGCUCCAAACAUUGUUACGUAUAACACGUUGAUUGGUGGUCUGUGUAAGGCAGGUAACAUCGAGAAAGCUAGGAAGGUGUUUAAUGAAAUCUCACAGAAAGCCUUGGCUCCUAAUACCAAGAGUUAUACUAUGAUUAUAGAUGGAUAUUGCAAAUCUGGAAAUUUAACUCAGGCAUUUCAGUUACUGGAUGAAAUGCCCUCAAAGGGUGUUCCACCAGAUAGUUUUGCUUAUUGUGCGCUUAUUGAUGGAUGCUGUAAAGAAGGAAAAUUGGAGAAGGCCCUCUCUUUAUUUUAUGAAAUGGUGAGGAAGGGCUUUGCUUCCACGACUGCUUUCAAUGCAUUGAUUGAUGGAUUGUGCAAGUCAGGGAAACCAAAUGAUGCUAAUAGGCUGUUAGAAGGCAUGGUUGAUAAGUGUAUCACUCCGAAUCAUAUAACCUAUACAAUCCUGAUUGAUCAUCACUGCAAGGCAGGAGAGAUGAAAGAAGCUGAAAAUCUCUUUCUGGAGAUGCAAAGGAGGAAUCUGGUUCCAAAUACUGUAACUUACACCUUGCUUUUACAUGGUUACGACAGAUUAGGGAGGAGAGCUGAGAUGUUUGCUCUUUUUGAGAGGAUGGCAGCAAAUGCGGUUGAACCUGAUGAAAUAAUCUAUGGUCUUAUGACUAAUGCACACUUGAAAGAAAAUAAUUUGAUUGGAAAAUUGAAGCUGUUGGAUGAAAUGCUAGUGAAGGAUGUUGUCUUGAAUCAAAAAUGGUCUUCUCUGCUGCUGGAUGCAGUAAGCAAAAGAGAGGAAUUUUCUGAAGUUUUAAAGUUUCCUGAUGAAAUGGCAGAGCAAGGACUGAAGCUCAGUCCUGUUACAUGUCACAAGCUAGUUCGAAGUUUUCAUGAUAAUGGAAGUCUGGAGAAAGCAGAACAAAUUCUGGAGAGUUUGGUCCAGUUUGGAUGGGUUCCAAACUCCACCAGUGUACAUAGUAUACUCCAUAAAGAUCAUGAUGAUGCAAACUCUGAGAGUCCUGGCAAUUUCUCAAAGCAAGUGACGUUUGGGGUUGCUUGUUAGGUGUAAGCAUAGUUAGUGGAGAAGCAAACUAGACCAACUGUUCUUUUUUCCCUUUCCUGUUAAAAUUCACGGAAUCAACAAUGGAAGCUGGCUCAUGCUGGUGCUACAGUAUAGUAAACUUAGCAGGGCUUAGAAAUUAAGGGGUAUGUGAAACUUCUGGUUUUAACAAUUUGCAGCCAUUUGGGAACAAGUCGUUGUGGAUACUUCACAUCAAAAUGGAAGGUUCAGCACCCCCAGAUAUGUUAAUGAUAGUACUAAUUUAUAUUUUGAAUAAGCUUUGUAGGAGUGAAUACAAGCUUUUGUUACAUUGUUUACCGCUCCAAGGUUAGUAUUAGACUUCAUUCUUCUUUGCUGGAAAUGUUUUUUGAUGGGAGGGGUUACUGUUUUGAACAAAUGAUCCCUGGGAAAUAACAUUAUCUUUAUAAUAUCAUUUAGGGAGGUUGUCUUACCUCUUCUUCUGGCUCAUUUCAUUGCAUUUGUUAAUAUAUUUCCGGGAUUAAACGAAUAAAUGGUUGGAUGCUCUCCCUGAUAUCUUAAUCCUUUUGGGAUGAAAGGAUGACAAACAUGAUGUUAUAUAACUGCGUUAAAAGAAGCAAAUGCUUAAAUUAUCUUGACAUAAGAGAAACAAAAUAGGACAACUUACAACUAUGACCUAUUAAGCUCAAUAAAGAAGAAAAUAGACCAGCUCAAGGGGAAAUAUAAAUUGCAGAGCAUAAACAACAUAAGCUACCAUAACACAGCAACCAAAGAAAUGGCAGUGCGAGGAAUUACUUGUUGUAGGUGACAUCGCAAGCCAAACUUAUAACCUGUCUACCAAGUUCAGCCCUAACCUUUCCAAGUAAUAGGCUUCUGAUUUUCCAAUUCUUAAUAGAACAGUCAUCUAUUUCAUGCAUUCUCAGUCCUUUGCUGUCUCUUUUAGGUACUAUCUGUGUGUGUUUGUUAAGAGUGCCAAGACCUCAUUAUCAUCAAUGCCUGACGCUGAUGCAAGCUGAAGCGUCGUGUUACCUUCUCCAUCUACAGCAUGCGGGUCUGCUCCCCUGCAAUUGUGGAACUGGGUGAGUCGCCUUCACAGCACUGGGAAAAAUAACUAGCAUAAACAAAGUUAUGAAUAUAUAUUCCAGAAAUGAUGAAAAAGAGGGCAGAAUAACAUUUUUCAUCCUCAACCUUUCAGGAUGGCCUUGUAUUGAUAGUGUAUGCAGCAACAAGCUUUUCCAUGGCCUACACACAAAUGCUUUUUCCACUUCUUUUGAAAUAAAAUCCUUUUCCUUUA